CCUUUAAUCGAAAUACUUGUAACAUUUAUGACAGCUUUCUGUAUUUUAUGAUAGGCACAGUGGAAAUUGAUGGUUUCGUUUUGCUUUCAUUUCCUGUGAAUAUGUCGGCUUUAUUGAACUAAAUAAAGAUGACAACCGCCGCCAGACCCACAUUUGAGCCUGCAAGGGGAGGGAGAGGGAAAGGAGAGGGAGAUUUAAGUGCACUGUCUAAACAGUAUUCCAGCAGAGAUCUUCCAUCACACACAAAAAUCAAAUACAGACAGCCCACUCAGGAUGCCCCAGAGGAGAUCCGCACUCGUGACUUCCGCCGUGAGCUGGAGGAGAGAGAGCGAAUUGCUGUGAGAGAGAAGACCAGAGACAGACCAGCCAGGGAGCAUACAACCUCCUCCUCCUCCUCCUCCUCUUCCAAGAGGCCCCGGUUAGACCAGAUUCCAGCAGCCAACCUUGAUGCAGACGAUCCCCUCACAGAUGAUGAUGAAGAGGAUGAAAACUCUGAUGAGGACAGUGAUGACGACACAGCCGCCCUGCUGGCUGAACUCGACAAGAUCAAGAAGGAGCGCGCCGAAGAGCACGAGCGCAAGGAGCGUGAGCAGAAGGCAGAGGAGGAGCGGAUCCGCAUGGAGAACAUUCUGAGUGGAAACCCUCUGCUCAACCUGGCAGGGCAGCAGCAACCAGCACAGCAACAGCUGGUGCCGGCACAGACAGCCUUCAGUGUCAAAAGAAGGUGGGAUGACGAUGUUGUAUUUAAGAACUGCGCCAAGGGCAUUGAUGAGGCGAAGAGGGAGAAAAGAUUUGUGAAUGACACCCUGCGAUCUGAAUUUCACAAGAAGUUCAUGGAAAAGUACAUCAAAUAGCCAAUGGGUUGUGUCUCUCGCGGACAUUUGCUGAAAAAACAAACCUUUUUCUUACCGCUUCUGCGGUGGAGUUUUGCGUUUUGGUUUAUCUAACAGUCAUUCUCAUUGGUCUUUAGAAGGGAUUCUUACUUUAUUCACACUGACUCGUAUUGAAAUGGAUGCACAGUACAUUUCUUCAAGUUUUUUUUUUUUUUUAAAUGAUUUUUAGAAACGACUUUUUUUUAUCAAAUAGUCUGUUAACUUUUAAAAGCAGCUCUACAACUAGAUAUUUCAUUUAUUUGAAGUUUUGUGUCCAUAGAUUCAGUUUUGAGCCACAUAUAAUACAAGUCAUAAACAAAUAAUAAACUUUUUUUAUAUACAAGUAUAAAAA